AGUCUAGUAACCGGAUUUUGUACACAUAUGGGGGCUUUUUUUUUUUUUUACAUAAAGUAAAGUCUAGUCGGCAGAUCUAGAUUGUCAGUAUGACAAUAUGCCAUAUGCCUUCAUUAUUUUUAUUCAACCGAAUCCAUAAAAUAAAUAAGUUCACAAUUUUAAUUAAAGUAAAAGCCUUAAAAGCAAUCUAUCUAGAUCUAGAUCUAAUUGAACUAGAUCUAAUUCUAACCAAACUAAACAUCAAACUAAAAGUCGGCUAAGUUGAAAGAUUGAACUUAUUUAGACAAUUUAGUAAUUUACUUACCGCAAUUUGAAUUUCAUCAAUUUGAACUCUGAAGCCCAUGAAUGGGUAAUAUAGAGGCACAUGACUUUGCUCCUGUGCGAGCAGAUGAGAGAAAAGUCCUUAAUCUUAGUCGAACUGUCACACCUAAGCAGUAUGUGAAGCAUCUACAGGGAGAAUUGCUUGAAGGUACUUUGCAUGAACUUCCCUGGAACAUCAAAGACUCUGUGUCUCUGUACGAGAGCAUGACAGUGGCCUUCAAUGCUCUUACAGAAAUACCUGUGGAGCUACCUCUUCGUCUACCCCACUUGAGUUACCUGAACCUCAGCCACAAUCUUCUCACUACACUUCCAGAAAGUUUUGGUCUGUUAUUCCACCUUAAAGAAGUUUGCAUACAGCACAAUCAACUUACAUCCAUGCCAGACAGUUUUGUUUUUCUUGUAAAAUUGGAAAAGGUUGACUUUUCCUAUAACCAGCUGAGGCAGUUGCCUGAGAACAUCGGCACAAUGGAAAAGUUAGAGAAAAUAAAUCUUACGCACAACAAGCUUAAACAACUGCCACUAUCAUUUGGUUCACCUCAGUCUAAGGUACAGCUGUUACUCGCAUACCAGAAUAGACUGGAGAGCCCACCCCAGGCAGUUUGUGAUGAAGGGUCAUCAUCAACUCUCGAGUAUGUCCGCAAGCAGUAUGCCACCAACUGUGCAGAAUACCCCACCAGCACAGUGGUUCCUCUAAACCAGUUUCCCCGCUGCUGUAGCAACAAGCUUGAGCCAUCUGUCAGCAAUCCCCAUUCAGCACAAAUCCAGUACAUCCAGCAGCAGACCAACACCUCACACACUACCAACAGAAUUAAGGCACCCCUGUUACCUCCCUUUGAUGCGACAACACUUACACCAUUUCAGUUACAGGAUCGAGUCAUAGGGUUAAUAUAUGGUGCAGCCAUCGGAGAUGCAAUAGGUUUAGCAUGUCGCUGGAUGUCUAAGGAUGAAGUGGAUUUUCAUUAUGGCAGUGAUGAGGAUUUAGUCUAUGAGAAGAUAGUCCAGGAUGAACAUAGAGUUUUGUGGCGACAGGGAGACUGGACUUCAAAUUUUGAUCAGUUUAUGCUAGUCACAGAGUCAUUGGUAAAUUGGGCAGGUGUUGUUGAUGAGCUUGAGUUUGCUCGUCGACUCCAAACCUGGGCCAACCAGGGCUUCAAGGAACUGGGGGAUUCUGUUGGUGUUGUCACUAGUGAAACAUUAGCAAAGGUUCUUUCACACCCUGAUUUUACUAAAGACCCUCAUACAGUAUCGAAAAGUGUUCUCACUAAUAAUCAAGCUACUUCCAACGGUCAUAUGCCUUUGGGCAACCUUCCAGCAACAAUGCCUUCAUCCAAUUCAUCCCAGCAUAUACCCAGACUGUCAUCGUCCUCAUCAUCAUUGCCAUCCCUGUCAUCACUCAGUCACAAAGAUGUUGUACAGAAGCUUGUUUAUACCGCCCCCUGUGAUACUUUUGGUGUUGAUAAUGGUGCUGUGGUCAGGACAGCUAUUUUAGGUGUGCCAUAUUUUCAUGAACUAAUUGAAGUAGAAAGUAACGCAGUCAGGAUUUGCCGAACAACUCAUGCAGACAAUAAAUGUGUUGCCAGCUGUGUCCUUAUCUCUUUACUUGUGGCCUUACAGUUACAGGGUAAAUUGAUUGACUUAGAAAAUAAAUUGAGUCUAAAUGAGGAUCAUCUGGACCUAGCAUUUAAAAUGGCUGCAACACAUUUAUCAGAUGCAGCUGAAAUACAGGAUUUUAUGGAAUUAAAGAACUACAAAAGUCUUUCCAGCCUAAACACCAAGACAGCGAUGAGUCACACCUACUUGCCAGUGAAAGCUGCACUCAUAGCUUUACAUUGGACAGGAGACUUCAGGUCUUGCAUUGCUGCUCUGACCAGAUUGGCGGGAGAUAGUAACAGCAAUGCAUGUGUAGCUGGAGCCAUAUUGGGAUGCUGCUGGGGUUAUGCUAAGCUACCUGUGGUCUGGGUAGACAACCUUCGUAAAAAACAAGUCCAGUGGCUGAACAUGAGGAUAAACCAUCUGCUGGAUAUUAUGGGAUCACCUUAGGACUUGUUAAAAUGUGCAUUGCAUUUCCAAUGGACUCAUUAGACAUAUUUAUUUAUUCUUGUUCCAAUGUUAUUUCAACAGCAUUUUUUAAAAAUAUAAUAAGCCUUUGAUAAUUAUGUUAUAGGAGAGGUUCAAAGUUGUUUUUAGAAAACUCCUAAUAAAACAUUGUUGUUUUUAAUGAAAACUUUAUUCUAAUGCAAUACAAAUGAGUCUCUUUUCUACAUCUGUGUAUCUAACCACCAGUUUGGGAUUAGCAAGUUUCAGCAAACUAGAUUUUUGUAAAAUUCUAUUAUUCAUAGCUUGAGUCUAAGUCUUGGAGCUAACUCUGCAUGAUCUGACAACAGACUUCAUUUCUUCAGGCACCUGUAUAGGUUGAAAGUGUAAGCACAUUGUCAAUAAAAACCACUGUCAUCAUUAAUUGUAUACCAGCAAUGCAAUUUAAAAAAAUUAAUAGUUGAAAUCAGUUCUCAUUAGUAAAAUCUAAUUGCAUCUUCUGUGAACAAAGUUUUCUAUUCUGAAUGCAUUGACUCUUGGCUCAUAAUUUUUAUGUCUUCUUUCCAUUUGUCCUUGUACCUUUGUUCAUGUCUUCUUUCCAUUUGUCCUUGUACCUUUGUUCAUGUCUUCUUUCCAUUGGACCUUGUACCUUUGUUCAUGUCUUCUUUCCAUUGGACCUUGUACCUUUGUUCAUGUCUUCUUUCCAUUUGACCUUGUACCUUUGUUCAUGUCUUCUUUCCAUUAGACCUUGUACAUUUGUUCAUGUCUUCUUUCCAUUAGACCUUGGACCUUUGUUUAUGUCUUCUUUCCAUUAGACCUUGUACAUUUGUUCAUGUCUUCUUUCCAUUAGACCUUGUACAUUUGUUCAUGUCUUCUUUCCAUUAGACCUUGGACCUUUGUUCAUGUCUUCUUUCCAUUAGACCUUGUACCUUUGUUUAUGUCUUCUUUCCAUUAGACCUUGGACCUUUGUUCAUGUCUUCUUUCCAUUAGACCUUGGACCUUUGUUAAAAUGUAAAUUAUUUUAUUGUUGUAAGUAGAGGCGCUGCUGAAUUCAUGUAACAGAAUUCUAGAGUUGUCUUUCAGUUAGUGAGAAAAGUAGGAUGGGAAGGACUUAACAUGAAUCUGCGAAGGCUGUGUGUUUAUUUAUAUUUUCAUGAGUUACUAAAGAGCUUGUGGCUCUGAGGAUGGCUUGUACUUUAGCCUUCAGAUAUGAGCUCUUGUCAGCAGGAAUUGAUGUGCUGCUUCCCAAAAAAAAUCAAUCCAUAUACCACUUCCACUUUUAUUGGUGCACACUUCUGCUUAUUCUUCAGUUUGGGAUGUAAAUACUUUCUUAAUCACUUUUUGGGUGUAUGUAAUUAUACAGUUGCAAUUAAAGUAACUUUAAUUCUUAUUCAGAGAAUGUGCUCUGCAAUUUCCAUGGUUUGCAAGAGGUUAUUUGCAUUUUGUUGUUCCUUGUUGUUUUUUUAACCUAACAUUAAAUGAAAGAGGAAUCUGAUAUUGAUGUUCCACUAAAUACUUUAUGUUGUACGUUUAUUUGCAAUGCAAUCGUUUUGCUAUAGCUUUUAUGUUGAGCUCAAGUCAAAUUAUAAAUUUCUAACAACGUUGAUUUGGCAAUUUCCUUUUUCUGGCAAAUCAAAAUAUAUUUGGUCAGAUAUGGAAAAGAAAAUUAAAGUCAAACUUGUGAGUUGAUGUGUGGUUAAUGUAACAGUCUAGUAGCAACAAAAUUGAAUAUGACAUGUAAAUACCAUAGAAAAGUCCAGCAUUUUUACAAUAUUAUUUAUGGCUGCCUGGUCGUGCUGUAUGUGCGUCAGACUGUCGUUCGGUUGUGUCAAUGGACUCAGGUUCAUACCCUGUCACUGCUAUCCCCUAUCUUCCUGCUGGAGGUUUGGACUUACUUACUUAGUACUUACAUAGAUCCUCCCGCGCCAUUAGGCACAUUGGGCAGCAGAUAUUGAAUAUCUUCAACUCUGAAGGAACAUCCGAAUCAUGUAAAACAUUACUAUUUACAAAACAUUUUGUUUACAUUUGUUAUUUAUUAAGCAAUUUUAGUUUGAUUUUUUUUUUUUUUUUAAUGUUUAGGUAUAUAGAUAUUCUUAUAUUUUUUUACACAUUUAAAAACACAAAUUUUUUUUCAUGAUUUUGUUUGAACCUAUCUACUAUCCUUCCCACACGAGGUUUUGGCCAGGACAAAAUAAUCUUGGCAUAGUCUGUAACUUUUUUUUUAUUUAUUUAUUAACUUUUUUUUUUUUUCAAAAAUAUGUAUUCUUGAGUAAUUAGCCUCUUUAUUACCUAUAAUAUAAUUGUAAUUCUAAAUAUAAUUGCCUGCAAUUUGAAAAAGUUUGUGUAAUUUUUCAACACUAUUUUACAGGCUGGUGGAAUACAAAUGAGCAAAAUGAAUAAUAUUAUCGGGAUGAAACAAAAUAAUUUAGGAGAGAAAGAGUUAAUGCUUGUUAUUUCGUGUCAGUUAAAAUAAUUUUAGCAAGACAUUGUUUUAAGAUGUGAUAUCAAUGUUUGACUACUGCAGAGUUGUACAAACAGUUACAUUUGAGCAAGAUCUACUGUGAUUGUUAUUAUGGUUAUUUGCUAAAGUAAACCACUAGUCAUCCAUGCAAACUAUUCUUUUCUCUAUUCACCUUUUUCAUUGCAUAAUUUUUGCUCUAAAGAUGUGGAAACUAAAUGGAACUUAUUUAGUCUUCAAGCUUGUGAAAAUUUCUUUGAUGUUCAAAAUUAAAAAAAAAAAAAUUCUGUUCUAAAAACUUUUUUUUUGGAAAUUAUUUAUUUUUAAGGCACUGAAACCUAAAGGUUUUAAAACAAAAACUGUUUAGCAAACAUUACAUAGCAUCAGUUCUGCUACAUUUGGUCUAGAUUGAAUAUAACUAGAGAUAGAAAUUGUUAAUAUCCAUGACAAUUGGAAUAGAGGCAAUAAAUGCUCUGACAACUGUAACAAAUACAUGUGACUUAAAGUAUCAUACAUAGGUAGACAAACAUUGUAGCUGUUUUCUUGAUUUCUUUCAGCUAAUGAAAAGAUUUUUACAAUCAUUUAAUUAUGCCUAAUAAACCAUUUUUUAGAGGAUGGGAAUCAUAAAUGCUCAAAAUAACUUCAGAGUCAGCUUUUUAAACUUAAAUUUGCAAUUUGGUGAAUGAAUUUAUAAUGUAUUAAAUAUUAGGGUACUGUGAUGUAAUAAAAUGCAAUAAAGAUUUAAACGUUGCUGAAGCUUUACUGAAAUAGUUUUCAAGACUUAUUUUACAUUCAAAUCGAUAUUUUUUUAAUGCUAUGGAAUAAUUAGCAUACUAAAAUAAUUUAUGACAAAAACAAUUUUAAUAGAAAUCUUUUUUCUAAAAUAUUGGAAGUUAUUGGUAAACGUAUUUCACAUUCACCAUAAACAGAAAAAUAUUUUAAAACUUAGACUCCUGUUUUGUUUUAAAUCAACAUCAUUUUCCUUUACAAGUUUUUUUAUUAAAUAGGCAUAAUUUUUAUUGACUGUUUUGUUUUAAAUUGACAUCCUUUUCUUUGACUGUUUUGUAAGCAUUUUUUUUUAUUAAACAAUUACAUUCUACUAUAAGUCAAAAUUUUCAGACCUAAAUUAGUUAAUUAAUAUAUACCAGUACCCAUAAUCAAAAUGUGAAAACUGCUGAAUGCUAAGAUUUCAAGAAUUUGAAUUCCAGAAUUAGUCAAGUUAGUGUUUCUUCAGAACUGUUAAAGGUUGUAAUUGUAUAAAGAGUAUAUUUUCAUUGCUGAUUAAAGAAGUGCUGGGUUAACAAAUGGUUCACAAGAAUUUAUUCAACGACUAAUUGUAUUUUACAAAUAUAUUUUUUUUUCUUGUCAUUGUUAUUUACCUAAUUUGUAACGAAAAAAAAUUGUAGUUAUGGAUAAAUGCUAAUUAAAAUGGUUUUUAAACA